CGCACUAAAGGAGGGAGGGAAGAAGGAGAGAGAAGGGGAACUUGGGCAGGGGGAGCAUAGUCAUUUCAAUUCUGCUGCGCUUGAAACUCCAGCUACCUUCUUUGCUUCGCAAUAACUUUACUAAAUUACUAAAAGCGUAAACCUUUUCUCGGAAACUGUAGCUUAUUUGAACGUCGGGAAAAACAACAGCAGGCUGACAGAUCCGCCUCGGAGUAUCUUGGCACAUUUACAAGAAUUAUAAAGUGAAUAGCAGCUGCUUUUGGACAUCGUUGAAAUCAAUAUAAGUGCUAUCAAUCAGAGGACUAUAGUAUCGAUGUUGAGGUGAAGACGGGUUGGAGAUACUGUCUCACAUCCCGCUAUAGCCUAACUAUGGGUCGAUAGUAUGGACUUACCCGACUCUGGAGAGGGACAGUGCAUCACGGCUGAUCGGAAUUUACUUCUCCGCUAUUCGUGUGGAAUAAAAGUUCAUUAACAAACGGGAGGAUUAUUUACGAGUUUUCACUUAAAAGUUAGUUUUUGUUGUUUCGUGUGGAGGGAUGGCGGGACCAGUUAUGUUUCUUUUCCUGUGGGUGUUGACUUGGUUCGGGGAAAUUCGGGGUGCUUCGUACCCGCAGCGGUAUAAUCUCUACUCCGGACAGACCCAGGCGCUGCCACAGAACGGCGUCCGGGCGGCAAGCAGACACAGAAACUGGUGUGCGUAUGUAGUGAAGAAGACAGUGAGCUGUGUGGUGGAGGAUGGAGUGGAGACCUACGUGAAGCCUGACUACCACCCCUGCUCCUGGGGCACGCAGUGUUCCCGUAUGGUGACGUAUCGAACGUAUAUGAAGCCGCGGUACAAGGUGGCCUACAAGAUGGUGACGGACAUGGAGUGGAAGUGUUGCCAUGGUUACACCGGAGAUGACUGUAGCGAAGGGCCGAGCGGCGGGUCGGGGACCCAGAUCGCUACAGCCAGACCCAAACCGUCCCGACCGGGACAGACCGGAACCGACACAGGUCACAGAGGACAGAAUGGGGGAGACGGGCGAGGCGACAGCGACAAGACGCAGCAGCUGGAGGACAAGAUCCAGAGCCUAACCAAGGACCUCCAGGACCUGCAGUCCACGCUGAGGGGCAUGAACGAACGCUUCCAGGAGGAGAUGCGCAAACCGGGCUUCAGUGGUGGUGGCACCAAGGCCCCAGCGGAUGCGGCCCAGCCGGAGAUUAAGGACACCAUCCACAGCAUCCAGACCAAACUAGACCAGCUGGACAACCGGACACAGGCUCAUGACAAGAACUUGGUCAGCAUCAACAACCACCUGGUCAACGGGAAUGGCGGCGGUGGGAAUGAUCUUGGCGCUGGCACUGGCGACUCCUCUGGAGGCACCGGUGGGAUUAGUGGCGGGAAGCUCAACACGCUGAAAGAGGAGAUCCUGAGGGAGCUGGAGAGAAGGGUGUCUCUGUCCUGCUCCUCCUGCCAGUCGGGGGUGGAGGACAUACGGAGACAGCAGCAGGAGGACAGGGAGCGGAUCAAUGCGCUGGAGAAGCAGCUGAACGCUGUGGAUGGACGAUAUCGCCAGAGCCUGGACGGCCUGCGCCGCGAGGUGACACGCUCCCAGGGCUUCUACGAUUCUGUCACCGACCUCAAGGACAGGGUCACAGAUGCUGAAAGGAAGAUAAGCUCCAUAUCAGAGAACUAUGAUGUCAUCCAGAACCGCCUGGAUAAGGAGCUGGGCAGUGGCGGUGGUAGUAAUGUAGGUGGAGGUUUCCCAGGAGGUGGAGGUAGCUUUGUCCAUGGAGGUGGUGGUUUUGGCCCUGGAGGUGGCAGCAGGUUAUCCAGGGUGAUAGAGGACAGGCUGGACGGUCAUCUCAGGGAACUUGAGAGGUGGGUUAACAGUACAAUGCAGCACACAGAGGAGACAGAGAAAGACCUGAAGGACUACUUCAACCGUGAGCUGGGUGACCUCCGGACCGUGUUCCUGGACCGUUUCGACGACCAGGGAUACCGCAUCGGCGACAUAGAGCUAGACGUGGGCAUUGUAAAGGACCUUGUGUCGGACCACGACAAGAAGGUGACCCGCCUGGCGAACUCCACGGCACUACUAGACAAUAGUCUGACUGACUGUGGCUGUGGAGGAACAGGAGGAGGAGGAGGAGGAGUUGGAGGAGGUGGAAGAGAAGAUGGAGGAGGAAGUAGAGGAACCGGAGGAACAGGGGGAAUGGGAGGGAGAGGAUCUGAAGGUGGGGCAGGGGAAGGAGGAAGGGGAGAUACAGGAGGAACAGGAACUGAAGGAAGGAGAGAUGGAGGAAGUGGAGGAACAGGGGGAACCGGAGGAGGAUGGGGAGGAGCUGGAGGGGACGGAGGAAAUGAUUACGACGGAGACUCUGUGAAGUCUAUCACCUGGAGGGUGGUGGCCAAUGAGGACGAGAUCCGACGCUUUGACACGCGGAUCAAGGACCUGUCCGUCUCGGGCGACUCACUCAUGGACAAGGUGCUGGAUCUCAGCCACGACAUCCGCAAGAUCAAAGCCCUGACCGGAGACAAUGGCGAGCACUUCAACCGCAUCGUCACAGAAGUUGAGACGCUCGGGCGCGGCAUGGAUGACUGCGACGUCUGUGGAAGAGUGGAAGACGAGUUCAAGAAGCUGAAGAACCACACCCUGAACCGCUGGGAGAAGGACAUCAACGCCAUCCGGAACCGGGUGGAUUCCAACCAAAGCUUUUGCUCCCAGGUGUGCUCCACCCUACAGGAAGAGGUGGGGAAACUCUGGGAGGUGGUAGGGAAGUGUAGCGACCAGUGUAAGAUCCACCUGGAGACCCCAACAACAGGAGGUGGCACUGGAGGACGAGGCCUGGAUGAACCUGAUAAGCCCCUGGACGGCCACAGUGUGAUCGGAGGCACGUCCAACAACGGCCACCUCAAGUCCCUGCAGGGCGAGCUGUCCGAGGUCAUCCUGACCUUUAGCUCCAUCAACGACACGCUGAGGGGCCUGGAGCAAACGGUGCAGAAACAUGGCAGUGUCAUCACAGACCUGGGCAACACCAAGGACAAGAUAAUCUCUGAGCUGGACAAGAUACAGCAGGAGGUGACUGAGCACAUUGAGAAGAGCCGCGACCGCCUCGACGGGGUGGAUCGCGACGUGCGACGCUUCGAGAGCACCCUAGUGGUGGAGGUGGGCGACUGCAAGCGAUCUGGCGACGGCCUGGAGAAGAGGCUGUUCAAGAUGGAGGGCGUGUGCGGACGGCUGGACGGCGUCUCUGACUCGCUCCAGAGGAUCAAGGAGGGGCUGACCAAGCACAUGUCGGGCCUGUGGAACUGUGUGAAUGGUCUGAACGCCACGGUCAUCUCCCAUGGAGGGAUCAUUGAGAGCAUCCAGACCACUCAGCUGGACGGGAUCCACGGGAAGAUCAAGAACCUCAACUCGUCCGUCAGUCACAUCCUCACGGAGUUCCAGAAUCUUUCGGAACAGGACCUGACCGGUGUGCAGUUGGUUAGAGGUUUGAAUGGCCUGCCUGGUCCUCCAGGUCCCUCUGGGGAGAGAGGGUUCCAAGGGCUGCCUGGCGCUAAGGGGCCCCAAGGCAGGGACGGACCCCCGGGCAGGCAGGGAGAGAACGGGCCCAGAGGAUCACCAGGCCUCAAAGGUGAACAAGGUAUGCCAGGUGCCGAUGCCAACGUCCCCAAGCUGUCCUUCUCUGCCGCUCUCACCUACCCCAUGCUUAGUGCUGGCACCAUCGUCUUCGACAAGAUCUUUGUCAACGAGGGAGAGUUCUAUGACCCGCGGACUGGCAUCUUCACGGCGCCCGUUGAUGGCCGCUACUUCUUCAGCGCAAUCCUGACUGGCCACAAGAACGAGAAGAUUGAGGCGGUGCUGUCCAAGUCCAACUACGGAAUGGCCCGUGUGGACUCCGGGGGAUACCAGCCAGAGGGACUGGAGAACAAGCCGGUAGCCGAGGCCAAGAUCACCCCGGGCUCCCUGGCUGUGUUCAACAUCAUCCUGCCCCUCCAGGCCGGAGACACAGUCUGCAUUGACCUGGUCAUGGGCAAGCUGGCCCACUCUGUAGAGCCUCUCACCAUCUUCAGUGGAAUGCUGCUGUAUGAACAUAUGUAAGCCAAAACCCCCUAGGUUGUCCAUCUGGAACAUAAGAGAGGGAGAGGAAGGAAGAAACGGAAGAAGGACGAGGGAAGAAGAAAGUUAGAGAAGAGAGGGUCUGGGGUUGGUCCCCAUUCUGGACUGUUUAGACUCACAGUUUGAAUUGACAACCGCUUUUCAAAGCAAAACGACAGGGUCCAGAGAUGGAAUUACUUUAUAUCAACUCGCGAAACACGGGAACGAACGACAACUAGGAGACGACUACAACGACAGAAAAGUGUUGUGUUUCUCCCUCUGUGUGUCAUUCCUGGCCCUCUGAUGUUGUGAGACCUGAUGAACUUCUUGAACAAACACAGGAUGUACUAUAAACUAAGUAGCAGACUGAGAGACUUCGCCAUUCAUUUUUUUUUUUACCUAGCUCGUCCAGUAUAUGGAGAAGUGUUUUUCACACCAAAUGUGUUGCUACUACUGCAGGAUUUUUCUAUGGUUAUUCUUAUUAAUAUGUCCCUGUUUCUAUAUUACUCACUCCAGGCAUGGGGCUCAGCGUACAGUAGUCCUCAGUGCACCACUGCCGACCAUAAGGUCUGCUUGACAUCCCACCUUUGCUGCAAAGUGUUUCCCUGUCAAAGAACCAGACCCACUGUCAAGGUCUGAUGUCAAGCAUUAGGAAUAGGGGAGAGAACCUGGAAUGAGAAAUUCCUUGCUUGAUUUUCUAUAGCUGAUUUCUAUGGUGAUGAAUUCACGUUUUGUGAUUUUAAUGUUAUCGUGCACCUUUUGCCUCCUUGUCUCUCCGUUCUGUAAUGCCUUUGGCCUGGCGAUCCAAACUUGGCCUUGUUGACGAUAUUGCUACAGCUUAAGUGUGUUAUACUGGUGGUUCCCAAAGACUUUUAUGUGCCCUACGUGACCUUGCCAAAUGUGCCAUCCGUGACCUAGCUAAAUGUGCCGUCCGUGACCUAGCUAAAUGUGUUGUCUGUGACCUAGCUAUAUGUGAUGUCCGUGACCUAGCUAAAUGUGCCGUCCGUGACCUAGCUAAACGUGUUGUCCCUGACCUAGCUAAAUGUGUUGUCCGUGACCUAGCUAAAUGUGCCGUCCGUGACCUAGCUAAAUGUGUUGUCCGUGACCUAGCUAAAUGUGCCGUCCGUGACCUAGCUAAAUGUGUUGUCCCUGACCUAGCUAAAUGUGUUGUCCGUGACCUAGCUAAAUGUGUUGUCCCUGACCUAGCUAAAUGUGUUGUCCGUGACCUGGCUAAAUGUGUUGUCCGUGACCUAGCUAAACGUGUUGUCCGUGACCUAGCUAAACGUGUUGUCCGUGAUCUAGCUAAAUGUGCCGUCCAUGACCUAAAGCCUUCAGACAUGUCUUGCCAUGCUCCAGACUUAUGAAAACAUGUUCAUACCCCAGACCCAGCCUUAACCACAACCAAGUAGGAAUUUGCCUCAACCAAGCAGAAGGAAACUCUGCCCUGUACCCCAGUACAGAAGGAAACCCUGCCUUAUACCCCAGUACAGAAGGAAGCCCUGCCUUAUACCCCAGUACAGAAGGAAGCCCUGCCUUAUACCCCAGUACAGAAGGAAGCCCUGCCUUAUACCCCAGUACAGAAGGAAGCCCUGCCUUAUACCCCAGUACAGAAGGAAGCCCUGCCCUGUACCCCAGUACAGAAGGAAACCCUGCCUUAUACCCCAGUACAGAAGGAAGCCCUGCCUUAUACCCCAGUACAGAAGGAAGCCCUGCCUUAUACCCCAGUACAUAAGGAAGCCCUGCCUUAUACCCCAGUACAGAAGGAAGCCCUGCCUUAUACCCCAGUACAGAAGGAAGCCCUGCCUUAUACCCCAGUACAGAAUGAAACCCUGCCUUAUACCCCAGUACAGAAGGAAGCCCUGCCUUAUACCCCAGUACAGAAUGAAACCCUGCCUUAUACCCCAGUACAGAAGGAAGCCCUGCCUUAUACCCCAGUACAGAAUGACCACAUGGCCUAUAGAUCCUUUAUUACAUCAUUAGUGGGAAUCAGAUGAUGUGACUCAACAAUCUUCAACCUAACACAGAGUCACACCCCAAAGUGUGAGAAAGUCAGUCUGAAAGCCUCAGUGACCAGUCAGGAGGGAGUAUCACCCCUCCCCCCGAACCCGAACCCCCCAUUUCUCCCUUAAGCACACGAUGUGUUGAACGGCUGCCAAGGGCCACAAGGAGUGAGCGGAUCAUAAACAGAGCGAUGUGCUCUCUCUCUCUAAGAGGCCCCGGUGGACGUCAUUAAUCGAGGCACAGUGAAGUGUUUACACAGGACGAUAAAUAAGAAGCUCUCUCUGACAGCAGGGGAUGAUUACUUGGUCAUGUCUGUCGGCCCCCCAAUGGCCCAAUGAUGCAGAGGAAUAGUUACAGGCCUUCUAAUGGCCCAUUGAUACAGAGGACUAGGUUCUCUAAUGGCCCAGUGAUACAGACCGGGCCAGAUGCAACAAUGAGGAUCCUUCAGACUAAGGAAGAUGUAACAAUGAGGAUCUUUCAGACCGGGGCAAAUGCAACAAUGAGGAUCCUUCAGACUAAGGAAGAUGUAACAAUGAGGAUCUUUCAGACCGGGCAAAUGCAACAAUGAGGAUCUUUCAGACCGGGCAGAUGCAACAAUGAGGAUCUUUCAGGCCGGGGCAGAUGCAACAAUGAGGAUCUUUCAGAGCAGGGCAGCUGCAGCAAUGAGGAUCUUUCAGACCGGGGCAGAUGCAACAAUGAGGAUCUUUCAGGCCGGGGCAGAUGCAACAAUGAGGAUCUUUCAAACCGGGGCAGAUGCAACAAUGAGGAUCUUUCAGACCGGGGCAGAUGCAACAAUGAGGAUCUUUCAGACCGGGGCAGAUGCAACAAUGAGGAUCUUUCAGAGCAGGGCAGCUGCAGCAAUGAGGAUCUUUCAGAGCAGGGCAGAGAAAAUAAAAGGAAGAAAAGCAGGUUUAAUUAUAACUGAAACAUGAUGUCAGUCAACUAAUUUCUUUCGUUAAAAGACAGGUGCUGCUGAUAACACUGCCAUCGUCAUCAAGGAUGUUGGAAUUAUUUUGGUAUGAACGUGCAAAAGUAACCUACUUUUUUUAAGUGAUUUGUUUGACAAUAAGAUGAAAACAUCAUGACUGAUUGUGGUCAUGCUACAUUAAAAGUACAUUUUUACAGUUAAAUGACAUGUCUUUACUAUAAAACCCAUAGGGGGGGGGGGUGGUGGGGGAAGCUCAGACUGACCUCUGCCUGGGUCCUGCAAAUCACUAAGCCCGCCCCUGUACAGAGGAAUAUUUUACAGGCCCUCUGAUGGCCUAUGUGAUACAGAGGAAUAGUUACAGGCCCUCUGAUGGCCUUAUGUGAUACUCCGCACCUAGUGUUUUCCCAACCCAGUCCUAGGUUCCCCCUUAACCGUUUCACAUAUUUUGAUCUAUACCAACACUAGCUCACCAUAACAGGAUCAGGAUGGUGCUUUCCAGUGCUGCAUUAGACUGUGUGUUAUUUACUAGGAAAAUGGAUUCAGUUUACAGAACAGCAAAUGGAUACCAACAUAUUUGGCAGAGAGGUACACCAUUGCAAUAAAAUACAUGGAGUUGUAUUCAAAUUCUAUCACUAGUUCUAUCACUAUUCUAUCACUAUUCUAUCACUAUUCUAUCGCUAUUCUAUCGCUAUUCUAUCACUAUUCUAUCACUAUUCUAUCACUAUUCUAUCACUAUUCUAUCACUAUUCUAUCGCCGUUUUGAAAGACGCUGCAUUUAGUUGAGAAGCUGCCGUCUUGCUACUCUUGUGCCUUUUGAGUAUUUCUCCACUUGGUCCUAUCUGACCUCUGUGUUUGUUAUUGCUAAAGGAAUUCCAAAGGUUUACUCAAUCUAUGAAGUCACCAACAACUGGUCAUUCCACAUGCCAACCAAAGCAACGCUAUGUAUUAAAGGUGCAGUUCCUCUUUGUUUUCUGCAGCUCCUCCUCCCUACAGUCUAACCUUUUGCCUUGAAUGUGUGAUUUGGUCGACACGUGUAGCUCAAAUAAAGGUAUUUAAUUUUACAGCCAUGUCCUCUACGUAGGAGUUUGUUUUGGAUUCUAAUCUAGCUGCUCAGAGGGUUAGGACUCUAAUCUAGCAGCUCAGAGGGUUAAGACUCUAAUCUAUCUGCUCAGAGGGUUAGGACUCUAAUCUAUCUGCUCAGAGGGUUAGGACUCUAAUCUAUCUGCUCAGAGGGUUAGGACUCUAAUCUAUCUGCUCAGAGGGUUAGGACUCUAAUCUAUCUGCUCAGAGGGUUAGGACUCUAAUCUAUCUGCUCAGAGGGUUAGGACUGUAAUCUAUCUGCUCAGAGGGUUAGGACUCUAAUCUAUCUGCUCAGAGGGUUAGGACUCUAAUCUAUCUGCUCAGAGGGUUAGGACUCUAAUCUAUCUGCUCAGUGGAUUAGGACGGUAAUCUUUCUGCUCAGAGGGUUAGGACUCUAAUCUAGCUGCUCAGAGGGUUAGGACUCUAAUCUAUCUGCUCAGAGGGUUAGGACUCUAAUCUAGCUGCUCAGAGGGUUAGGACUCUAAUCUAUCUGCUCAGAGGGUUAGGACUCUAAUCUAUCUGCUCAGAGGGUUAGGACUGUAAUCUAUCUGCUCAGAGGGUUAGGACUCUAAUCUAUCUGCUCAGAGGGUUAGGACUCUAAUCUAUCUGCUCAGAGGGUUAGGACUCUAAUCUAUCUGCUCAGAGGGUUAGGACUCUAAUCUAUCUGCUCAGAGGGUUAGGACUGUAAUCUAUCUGCUCAGAGGGUUAGGACUCUAAUCUAUCUGCUCAGAGGGUUAGGACUCUAAUCUAUCUGCUCAGAGGGUUAGGACUCUAAUCUAUCUGCUCAGAGGGUUAGGACUCUAAUCUAUCUGCUCAGUGGAUUAGGACGGUAAUCUUUCUGCUCAGAGGGUUAGGACUCUAAUCUAGCUGCUCAGAGGGUUAGGACUCUAAUCUAUCUGCUCAGAGGGUUAGGACUCUAAUCUAGCUGCUCAGAGGGUUAGGACUCUAAUCUAGCUGCACAGAGGGUUAGGAUUCUAAUCUAGCAGCUCAGAGGAUUAGGACUCUAAUCUAGCUGCUCAGGGGAUUAGGACUCUAAUCUAGCUGCUCAGAGGGUUAGGACUCUAAUCUAUCUGCUCAGUGGAUUAGGACGGUAAUCUUUCUGCUCAGAGGGUUAGGACUCUAAUCUAUCUGCUCAGAGGGUUAGGACUCUAAUCUAGCUGCUCAGAGGGUUAGGACUCUAAUCUAUCUGCUCAGAGGGUUAGGACUCUAAUAUAUCUGCUCAGAGGGUUAGGACUCUAAUCUAGCUGCUCAGAGGGUUAGGACUAAUCUUUCUGCUCAGAGGAUUAGGACUCUAAUCUAGUUGCUCAGAGGGUUAGGAUUCUAACCAUGAAGGGAAAGGAGAUGGUGAUGAUGUCAUGUUUUGAGAUAUUCAUCUGUCAGCGCAGUAUGUAGCUUUAGCAGACUUCCCGGGUUCAGUGCUCUUGUGUGAUUGCUUAAAUGUAUAUAGGCAGUGAUCCAAAUGCUGUGAUUUAUUAAUGAAUACAGUAUAUUGUAUGGAAUCAACUAUUUCCAUAAGUGGACCACUA